AUGUACUGCAAGGCGAAGUCAGAGUCGCAGGUGGUGGAUGAUCAGAGACACAAAAGAACAAAAGCAAAAGCAGGCCGACCGAGCGAGUUGGAGGAGGAAAUGGAGGUGCGUCGAGAUGAUGUGAGCUGAGGGCGAUGGAGAGAUGGCACUUGGACAAUCUGGCUAAAGUGGACAGACAGAGGCAGACAUCACCCGACUCGUGACUCGCAUGCGCAGUCAAGUCCACCCUCACACCAUAUAUGCCAUCCUCUCGAUUCACAAAUCAUUCGAUGUUGCGUUCGCGUUACUGUGUUGAUUGCAUGCUUAUUGCAUGCUUCAAUAUUGAUUCGUGAUUACUCUGGACUCUGCUAUGGGCGAAUCGCGAAAUCGCGCGCGCGGCACGUUUGAUCGAGAGGAACGGCUAAGGGCAAAGCGGCAUUUCACCUCGCGGAUGUUUCUUUUUGCUGUCGCGAAUGCAUGCAUGCAUGGAAUGUGCAUCGGGCAGCGGCAUCUUUUCUUGUCACGUGCACUCACCUCCCACCGCGUCUUGAUUGAUUGUGAUUCAGGUGAUUGCAGCUUUGAGUCUGAGUCAAACGUCAAGAGUCAAAAGUGUUGAUGAGUAUUCUUGAUUAUAAAUAAGCUUGAGUGACUAUCUCGUCUUGAGUCACCACUCGGAUCGAGUCGAGUCUAUUCCGCGCGCCAGAUAAUCGUGAAUGUCCCAGCUCGUUGUCGGGCUUUCCACUCAAGACUCUGCCCAGAUCAUCGACUACGAAUACAAUCCACUCAGCCCACGCCUGAUCAGCGCGGGAGUCAGCCGGUCAGGAGAGUCGUGA